CCAGAGUUGCAUUUAGGGCAAGGGUUACAGCAAGAGUAAUUCUGCUACAUAUUUACCAUAAAUAUGGAAAAAAUUGAAAGUACAAUGCUGAGAUCAAAUCUAUCAAACUCAGUACUAGCUGUUCUAUAUAUUAUAAUUCUGACUUUAAGCCUUUGCUUAAUUAAAUACGAUAAUAUUUAUCACCUUAGAAUUGGAUAUCUUUUUAAAAUAUCUCAUUGAUCUUGGGAAAAAAUCUCGAAGUCAACACACAAUGCAACAGUUUGCCAGUACUACAAACAUCCUCCUUCCAUCCUGUGGUUUAAAUCAAAGCUUCUCAUUGUCUUUGACUCAUUUAUUCGGUAAGCCUUUAAAGGUGCUGAAUGAACAGCUGCAGAAGGGCCCCUUAUAGUCUAUGAAGCAAAACCAGGCCCCUUACUGUGUCUUUAGACUCAGUGAGCAUCUGAACAGAGAAGACCAUGGAUGUCUCCAGUCCCAGGACUGAAGCUCCGUCAAUGGAACCCAGUGCAAAGCUGUUUUGCUGUCAGUUUGUGAGGCGUUGGAUCCCUCUGUUAUACAGAGAAGAGCUCUACCACAUUCUGCGCAUGACUGGACCCCUGCUUGUGUGUCGGUUCCUGAAUUUCCUCCUUUUCUUUGUGGUGACAAUGUUCUGUGGACGCCUGGGGAACACUGUGCUAGCAGGUUACGCUAUGGCCUCAGCUACAAUAAAUGUAACAGCUGCGGCAACAGGGUUGGGACUAGCUUUGGCAUGUGACACAUUGGUAUCACAGACAUAUGGUGGGAAGAACCUGCUCCGUGUAGGUGUCAUCCUGCAAAGAGGCAUAUUGAUUUUGACAGUCUUCAGUUUGCCCUGCUGGGCUUUGCUUGUAAACACACAACCCCUCCUACUGCUGCUGGGGCAAGACCCCGAGGUGGCCAGGAUAGCACAGAUCUAUGUGGUUGCAUAUCUACCAGCAAUUCCGGCCAUGUUUCUGUAUCAACUGCAACUGUCAUAUCUUCAAAACCAGGCUGUGAUAAAGCCUCAGAUGUACUCAGCUGCAGUUGCCAAUGUUGCUAAUGUAUUAGUGAACUACGCUUUGCUAUACUGGUGGGACUUUGGAGUUUAUGGGUCUGCAGCAGCAAACACCUUCGCUCAAGUUUUUAACUGUUUUGCUCUAUUUUGUUUCAUUCGGUGGCAGAAGCUCCAUGAGAAGACUUGGGGAGGAUGGUCUUCUGAGGCCUUACAGGACUGGGGGUCCUACAUGAAGCUGGCCAUUCCCAGCACACUCAUGACCUGUUUUGAAUGGUGGAUCUAUGAGAUUGGAGGUUUCUUGGCAGGAAUGUUGAGCGAGGUGGACCUGGCUGCCCAGCAUGUGGUUAUAAUGCUGGCGUACAUUAACUACAUGAUUCCGUUAGGAAUGCAAGGUGCAGCUUGUGUUCGUGUAGGUAACGCACUCGGUGCUGGGGAAACAGCUGCAGCUAUCCUCACCAGCAAGGUGUCUCUUAUCUGUGCAGCUGUACUAGCAAUCUUUCAAGGUCUUGUCCUGGGGUCAACAAAAACAGUCAUUGGCUUUAUUUUCACCUCAGAUGAGACCAUAGCAGAGCUUGUGUCUCAGCUACUGAACAUAUACUGCCCUCUUCAGUUCUUUAAUGGACUACUGUGUGUUGGCAUGGGCGUCCUCAUUGGCACAGGGCAGCAGAAAAUAGCUGCCAUUGCUAACCUUUUCGGUUACUACUGCAUAGGUCUCCCAUCAAGCAUCGUUCUGAUGUUCACAGCCAAGCUACAAGUAGCUGGCUUUUGGUUAGGCCUCCUCAUUGCAGUUUUUUUGCUAGCAAUUUUUUUCAUCGUCGCCAUCUUUAAAUUAAACUGGAAGAAAAUGACAGAAGAGGCAAUCACACGAACAGAAAAGAGUUCAAAUGGAGCAGUAAAUGGAGUAAUGACCUCCAACCCUGAGUUUUGUUCCAAUCACCGCAACAGUUUCUACCAGGUUGUCCUGAAUGCAGAGAAUGGGAAUGGAUAUGUGUUUGUGAGCUCUCAUGAUCAGGAUGAGGAACACAACAUUACUGUGGCACAAGAGGAGGAAAAGCCCCCGGUGCUGCUCGUUACAUCUCAGCUCAUCCUCAGGAGGGGUCUGAUCACCCUCGCUGCUGUUCUCAUCCUAGCUGUUGGGAUUGCUGUUCAUCUCAUUGUACCAUUGCCAGAGGUGUCUUAUAGUGCAGGUGCAAACUUAACUUUGGACUCAAAUUUGACCACAGCCACCACUCCCAUCUAUUCAACCAUUAUAAUUUAAAUCUAGCACCUCAUGGACGGAAGACUCACUGUGAAUAUUUAUUAUCUCUAUUCUGUAGAACGGGAGCAGUUUAUGUUGUUUUGGCAACUUACUGAAACGUGCUGUCUAAUCAUCUAUCUGGACCUUUUUUUUUUUUUUUUUACAUCAAGCGCCAUAUUACAGAAACAUUCUUACACUAAAAUGUUAACAUUUUAGCAGUUAAAGUGCUUACUUGAUCUUGUCUUAAGACUUAACAUAGGAUGUCUCUAAUACGGCCCCAGAUCCUAAGGUUUAAUUGGGAUUUGGUUGCUGAAAUCUAAUGGCUUUCCACCUCAAUAAAUCAUCUAGGCAUGUAUGACAGGUAUUUAUGCUAAAUUAGGUGCUGCACACUAACAGGAUCAAGUGGGAGUGAAGUUGAAUUAGAUGCUUACAUUGUGACCUAGAUAGAUAAUCAUCAUCAACCAGCUUUGUAGAAAAAUUGUCUGUUCCCCGGUGGCACAGUUAUAUAAUCUCUGGAGUUGACAUUUCUAGUCAGGCAGCUGCUUAAGGAAUAUGGCCAAAAAUAAGAUGUUCCAAAAAGUUGCUGUCAAAUCGAAAAACCAGUACUAUGAAAGGCAACAGAACAGCAGGAGAGGAAACAAAUACUGUUUUGCUGCAUAUUGCAGCAAAUCCCUCACUAUUACGACAAAAAAAACAUAUGCAACCAUAAAUUGCUUACCUAUGACUAUUUGAAGGUUACAAACUGCUGAUCUAAAAUAAAAUGCAGGAAAAACUUCACAAACUCAUCAUUUACAAUGACUAACCCUAACUUUAACACACCCGGAGCUGAACUUAAAAAUGAACUGAUAACUAGAGUCCCGGUGUCUUCUAAAAACCUUUAGUGAUGUGCUAAAUCCAUCUGGCUAAGCUCUCUGUUUGGACAUCUUUUAGAUUACAAAAUUUAUAUUUCCCUAGGAUUGCACGAAACUGAUUCCCAGAUUGUUGGUGUGUGGGGUUAUUUGACCCUGCCUUGACUUGGCAUCUAUUUGAGAGUAAACAAGAUCAACAAAAAAUAUUUAAGGUUUUGUAUUUUUAUGUGGCUUUGUGUUUUGUGCAAACAUAAUGUAUGUAUAAACUACAUAACCUUUUUUUCCCCACAUUUUUGUUUUGUUUGAAUAUUGUUAUCCUUUGUCCAUCCCAAAUUUUAAUGCAACUUAUACCUCUCUUCCUAAGCCCCCUAAAAAUAUGUACACAAACAUCCAGUGGUCCUGAGGCUUUGGGGGAUAGUUUGUUUAGUGUUUUUUAUGUAUAGUUUAGUUCUGAUAGUUUCCGUUCAAUAGAGUUUUGAGGUCCUAGCUAAUGUCUCACAAUCCAUGUUUUUAAUGCGGUCAUUUACUUUAGCAUACUGGCUAAAAAUGUAUUGGAAAACAGUAAUGUGGAGAACUUUAAUUAGACAGCGGUCAGUAUAGACCACUCCAGCAAAAUAAUUGCUUAUUUAAGCAAUUAAAAAAAGCCCUUAAAAUUGGUUUUGCACCUUAUCACAAAUCUCAACUGAGUAAAAAAAUAAUUAUUCCACAUAUUCAGAGCUUCUUGGACAUUUGUUUCUACAUCGGCUAUGACCAGCAUGUCUUCAGAGCCAGGUAUGCUGAAAGAAAUGAGUCACUUGAGGAGAAAUAAAUAAAUAACAUAUAGAACAA